AUGAAAAUUCUAAUUUUAAGUGAAUAUCUUCAUCCUCAAACAAGUGGAAUAACGAUUCGUAUUGAAUAUUAUAUAAAAUAUUUAAGAAAAUUCGGUCAUGAAGUCAUUGUUUAUGGUCCAAAAGAUUGUCCAACAGCAAAUCGAACAUUAUUUAGUAUUCCGUGUUAUUUUUUCAAUAAAGAUAUGCGAAUUUGCUUUCCAUCUCUUCAAUUAUAUCGAGAUAUUCUUUUCGGAAAUUAUCAAAUGGUUCAUAUCGUCGGUCCAAAUAUAUUUCUUUUUACGAUUUUCAUUUAUUUACUUUGUUUAUUAAUGAAAAUCAACAUUUGUACUUCAUAUCAUACAAAUGCAUAUGAAUUCGUUCGAUUAUAUAUAAAAAAUCCGUACGUGUUCCAAUUGAUGACUAAUUAUGGAUAUUACACAAAUUAUUAUCCAACAAUUCGAUUAAAAAUUCCAAUUUUACAUCCAGAAAAUUAUACUGAUUUAAAAAUUCUUUGUAAUAAUUUUAACAAAGGAAAUGUUCUUUCAACUGGAAUCGAUACUCAAUUAUUUUCAUUUUCAAAGAAUUUUCUUCGAAAUAAAUUAAUUUAUAUCGGACGAAUUGCACCUGAAAAGAAUCUAUUUCGUUUAAUCGAUUUAUUUUCAUUAAUUCAAUCUGAUUACACUUUAGACAUCGUUGGUUUUGGUUCAGUUGAAACGCAAUUGAAAGAUUAUGUUCGAAAAAAAAACAUCGAACAUAUUCGUUUUAUUGGUCGAAUUCCAUAUGAUCAAUUGUAUAAAUAUUAUCAAAGUGGCCACGCAUUUCUUUGUACAAGUUUACACGAAUCGUACGGUUUUACAUUACUUGAAUCUCUUUCAUGUGGAACACCGAUCAUUUAUCCCAAAUGUGAAGUUUUUCGUAAAUUAUAUCAAAAAGAUUUUCCUCAAUUGGAAUUUGAUGUUGAUGAUGAUGAACAAUUUCUCAAUGCAUUGACUUAUGUUCAAGAAAAUACCGACGAAUUAAGAGAACUUUCGAGAAAAUAUGCAGAAAAAUAUUCGUGGGAAAAAUCCACUGAAGAUCUUUUAGAUAUUUAUCAACAUAUUUCUCUUUCUAACAAAUAA